AUGGGUAUCGUUUUGAAUGCAUUUCGGCUAAGGCUAUCAGUGCUAGUACGAUUGUUUAAAGGUUUGCUACUGGUAUUAACGUUCUUAGCUGUGGUUUCGAAUUUAUAUAUUUUCACCUAUCCAUCGUUAAAUCCAGGACAGUGCUCAUGGAAAUGCCAUAAAACAGACAAACCAUCGCCUGCAGAUAGUCUUCCUAGGGUUGAAAGGUAUAUACACUAUGUUAAAAGAUAUUUGGUAGAUGUAAAAGAUCAAACUUUCAAGAAAAAGCCUUCAUUAGAUAGUGAUGCGGUUCCAGAUGUGCACUUAUUAGCGUUGGCAGACCCACAACUAAAUGGAAACUGGCCCCAUACUUCUUAUGCUAAGCGUUUAGACCAUUUUGGGAAUGACUAUUACUUAGGCCACGUUUUUCGGAUGAUGAAGAAUCGCCUGGCGCCAUCGCAUGUAGCUAUUAUGGGAGAUUUAUUCUCUUCCCAGUGGAUAGGGGAUUAUGAAUUCUUCAAGAGAACAGUGAGGUUAACGCGUCGACUAUUAGGUCGUCGUUCUUCUAGGCUAGAAGAAAUCAAGGAAAAGAAUCAUGACGAGCAGGGUCAUUACAAGGCUGAUGGUGAGGCUUUUGGCAGGGAUAUCGAAAAUCGUCUUAGAGAAAAACCGGUGAAGGCAGACUGGAGCUACGAAAAUGUAUGGGCCUGGUCCAGGGGCGAUCAAUACUUGCUCAUGAACUUAACUGGGAACCACGACGUGGGCUAUUCGGGUGAUUGUUCUUACCAACAUAUGGCUCGCUUCCAUGAACUGGUUGGUAAAGACAACUACUGGAUCGAAUAUGACAGAGGAACCGUGCACUCUUGGCGGAUCGUGGUUCUGAACGAUGUUCUGCUUGAAGGUCCUGCACUUCAGCCCGAGUUGUUAAAUAUGACUUGGGAGUUUCUCUACCAAGUUUUCGAGAGAAGGUUCGAUGGCAGCACCGUAUUAUUAACACAUAUACCGUUCUACAAGGAAAAGGGUAUGUGCGUUGACGACCCAGAAUUCACUUACUAUCCGGCAGAUUAUAAUAGUGACCCUAGCAAAGCUAACUUGCUGAGAUCACAGAACCAUCUAAGCAAGGACGUCACCAACAGAGUGCUUAGCUUGAUUUUCGACAAUAACAAGCCAGGGAUUAUUCUGGCAGGCCAUGAUCACGAGGGAUGUGAAGCUAUAUAUAACAAGGAUGACAAGCUCGGCAUUUGGAAUGUGUCGCGAUCGGUCACCUCCGAGGAUUUGCAUAUUAAGGAAAUCACCAUACGAUCCGUUAUGGCUUCCUAUGGAGGUAAUGCCGGCCUUCUUACUGGUCAUUUCGAUGCUAAAGAAGAGAAUUGGCAGUGGAACUUCUCCUUAUGCCCCUUUGCAGUUCAACAUAUAUGGUGGUUUGCGAAAAUCAGCACUAUUAUCACCGGCUUAGCUUGGUUCUUGAUACUGGUACGUUCAGCAUUUACAAUGAGGUCCUGA